AUGCCUUUAAUGAGAAUGGCAGCUGAGAACUCCUCUGUGACAGAGUUUAUCCUCGCAGGCUUAACUGACCAGCCAGGACUCAGAAUGCUCCUCUUCUUCCUUUUUCUAGGUUUCUACGUAGUCACGGUGGUGGGGAACCUGGGUCUGAUAACCCUGAUUGGGCUCAAUUCUCACCUGCACACCCCCAUGUACUUUUUCCUCUUCAACUUGUCCUUCAUAGAUUUUUGCUAUUCCACUGUUAUCACUCCCAAGAUGCUGAUGAGUUUUGUCUCAAAGAAGAACAUCAUCACCUACGCAGGGUGUAUGACUCAGCUCUUCUUUUUUCUUUUCUUUGUUGUCUCUGAGUCCUUCAUCCUGUCAGCAAUGGCUUAUGACCGCUACGUUGCCAUCUGUAACCCACUGGUGUACACAGCCACCAUGUCUCCUCAGGUCUGCUUACUUCUCUUGUUGGGUGUCUAUGUGAUGGGGUUUGCUGGGGCCAUGGCCCACACGACAUGCAUGAUGAGACUGACCUUCUGUGCCAACAAUCUGGUGGACCACUACAUGUGUGACAUCCUUCCCCUUCUUGAGCGCUCUUGCACCAGCACCUAUGUAAAUGAGCUGGUAGUUUUUGUUGUUGUGGGCAUUGAUAUUGGUGUGCCCACAGUUACCAUCUUCAUUUCUUAUGCUCUCAUCCUUACCAGCAUUCUCCAUAUUCAUUCCACUAAGGGCAGGUCCAAAGCCUUCAGUACGUGCAGCUCUCACAUAAUUGCUGUUUCUCUUUUCUUUGGGUCAGGGGCAUUUAUGUACCUCAAACCAUCUUCUCUUUUACCUAUGAAUCAGGGGAAAGUGUCCUCCUUGUUCUAUACCACCGUUGUGCCCAUGCUCAACCCGCUAAUCUACAGCUUAAGGAAUAAGGACGUCAAAGUUGCUCUGAAGAAAUCAUUGAGCAAAAAGCUAUUCUCUUGA